CGCACCGCGGACACUUCGCCUCGGCCGGCGGCCGGCGCGAAACCCGACCACCCGAAGAGCGAUACGUAAAAAUAUGUAGAACCGCGAUCACCAACUCUACUGCCAUUCAUCCUGCCAGAUAAUUUUAAGUUCAACUAGGCUAAAGUAGUGCUUACGCUUAAGUGAACUUUGUGAUCUAAAGAGAUUAAGACUGAUUUUAUCAUGCGUUUCGGACUUUUGAAUUCGAGCGCGAAAAAGUUUAAAGACUGCAAUUGCUAUUUAAAUAUCAGUGUCAUCGCUAUAUUAUCAGCUUUCACUGCCUAAGCCUUCCGAUAACGUAGCAUUUGUAUAGUUCGGAGCACAGUUCGGAGACAAUAAAACGUUUUAAAAUAUAAAAUAUCCCGGCUCAGAAGAGGAGAUUAGAGGCCGAGGGAGCAUCGACACUCACCAAAAUUCGCGACAUAAGCUGGUGGGUGCUGUGGUGGCGUCAACGACAUCUUCGGAUGGGCGCACCGCAGACCCCUAAACAAAUAGAUGAUGACGAAAGCGAGCCCCAUGUGGCUGUAGUGGAGGAGCAAGACCGCAAGAUGGCUAAGGUUCGAGGCCAGAACUGCCCGCGGCGACGCGGCCAUGAGAGCGAACUAGACGGAGAGCGUCGCCGUAUGCGUCGGAAGCCGGCAAAGAGGUCGCUGCCGAAAAUAGGCAGUCAAGAAGAAGAACAGGUCCGGCCGCCACCAGGCGGCGUAGUGACAUUUGAACCGAUUCAACAUGACCACGACUUUUGCGAGAGAGUCGUGAUCAAUAUAAGCGGUCUUAGAUUUGAAACACAACUCCGGACACUUAACCAAUUUCCCGAAACACUGUUGGGUGACCCCGCAAGAAGGAUCAGAUACUUUGAUCCCAUAAGGAACGAGUAUUUUUUUGACCGGAACAGACCGUCUUUCGACGCCAUCCUGUAUUACUACCAAAGCGGCGGCCGCCUGCGCCGCCCGGUCAACGUACCACUGGACGUCUUCUCGGAGGAGAUCAAGUUCUACGAGUUGGGAGAGCAAGCCACCAACAAAUUCCGUGAGGAUGAAGGGUUCAUAAAGGAGGAAGAGAAGCCCCUGCCCUCCAACGAGAGGCAGCGCAAGGUCUGGCUGUUGUUCGAAUACCCGGAGAGCUCCCAGGCUGCCCGAGUUGUUGCCAUCAUCUCAGUCUUCGUCAUCCUGCUUUCCAUCGUAAUCUUCUGCCUCGAAACCCUCCCGGAGUUCAAACACUACAAGGUGUUCAAUACCACGACUAACGGUACUAAGAUCGAAGAGGACGAGGUGCCUGACAUUACUGAUCCAUUCUUCUUGAUCGAGACGCUCUGUAUUAUUUGGUUUACCUUCGAAUUGAUUGUUCGGUUUCUGGCCUGUCCUAAUAAGUUCAACUUCUUCAGAGACGUGAUGAAUAUAAUAGACAUAAUUGCUAUAAUCCCGUACUUCAUCACCUUGGCCACCGUUGUCGCGGAAGAGGAAGACACGCUGAACCUCCCUCGAGCACCAGUUUCCCCUCAAGACAAAUCCACCAAUCAAGCCAUGAGUCUCGCCAUACUGCGUGUGAUCCGACUCGUGCGGGUGUUCCGUAUUUUCAAGCUGUCCCGUCACUCCAAGGGUCUGCAGAUUUUGGGGCGAACUCUGAAAGCAUCCAUGCGAGAACUUGGUCUCUUAAUAUUUUUCCUCUUCAUUGGUGUGGUGCUGUUUUCAUCUGCGGUGUACUUCGCGGAAGCUGGAAGUGAGAACAGCUUCUUCAAAUCCAUACCUGAUGCGUUUUGGUGGGCGGUCGUGACAAUGACGACCGUAGGAUACGGCGACAUGACGCCUGUUGGAGUGUGGGGUAAGAUCGUGGGGUCGCUCUGCGCCAUUGCUGGCGUACUCACCAUCGCACUGCCAGUUCCUGUCAUCGUAUCGAACUUCAACUAUUUCUACCAUCGCGAGACCGAUCAAGAGGAAAUGCAGUCACAGAACUUCAACCACGUCACAAGUUGUCCCUAUCUGCCCGGGACUAUUGGUGAACCCUAUUUAAAAAUACCUCUUAAUUUGGACUUUGAACUUAAAGUCCAAUAAGAGAGGUAUUCUCCGCGCUACUUCUAUAUCUUGCACGAGUCAAUGUGCAAGAUAUAGGAGUAAUACUACUUCUUUAACAAACUACUUAACCUAUUAUAGAUAUAUUUUAUGAAAAGGUUAGAAGUCGCUCGAAGAAAGACAAGAAGGAUUAAAACAAUGAGAGAACAAAAUGUAGCCUUGCUCUC